CUUCAUGUCUGACCAGCAGUAGUGAUGUGGAAGUGAAUCCUCUGAGAAAGAAGAAGUGCUGCUCAUCGUUAGAAUAAAUGCACAGUUUAUUGUGCACUUCCAUGUGGUAUUAUAUGUAGUGUUAUAGUAUCAUAUAAGAGCUCUGGCUAAAGUAAGAACUCCUUGUUGAACCUGUCAGUAGCUGAAGCUUUUGGUCAAAUUCAGUCAGUUCCCACACAGUGUAGGAUAUGAAAUGUCAGGGAUAUCCACAGGGAAUACAACAAUGUUGCACUCAUUUAUUCUCCCCUCACAGGUUAGUCAGUAGGUAUAAUUUUUUUUAAUCUUUCCACAUUUUGGUGAUUCCCUAUCAAAUGUUCUUGUUCACUCUGUACCCACCUGAGUUUGCAUUUUCCUUCUUUAGACAGAAGUUGAAUUUAAAAGUAACUUUCCAACACACAGCUGUGUAAAUAACUAACACUUGUCAGAGUUCCCACGACUUUCCACAGCAGGAUGCUGAAGUUGCAUAUUUAUGUUAUGUUAACACAAAGGGAAAGUGAAUAGUAUGUAAAGUACAUGACAAUAAUGAACCAGUUAUGUAUAUAAGAAGCAUUUGUUUGUGUUUGUAUGUUCAUGUGUGUGUGUGUAUUUGUAUGCAUAUUACUAUGUCAAACUGUGCGUACAGGUAUAUACAUGUGUAUAGAUUGCACAAUGUAUAGAGAUUGGGAGACUCCAGGCAAUUGGUCAAAAAGAACCACCUCACAUGGUCAGUGGUCAAUAUAAGGCUUAAAUCUUACACUCCCCACUCCUCCUCCUAUCACCGGUAAGAUGCGUCUGACUCACUCCCUGUUCAUCCUGCUCCUCAGCCUCCCAGCCCUGCUGGGUUACCGAGCUCUGUGGCAGUUCAGGGCGAUGAUCCUCUGCACUGUACCUGAAAGCUGGCCAGUGCUGGACUAUGCUGACUAUGGCUGCUACUGUGGGCUUGGAGGCUCUGGCACACCUGUUGAUGAGCUUGACAGAUGCUGUCAGGUCCACGACCAGUGCUACAGUGAUGCCAUGCAGCAUCAUGAAUGCUGGCCCAUCUUGGACAACCCCUACACUGAAAUAUACAGCUACAGCUGUAAUGAGGCCAGCAAGACCAUUACCUGUCUGAAUGACAACGAUCCCUGUGAGAAGUUCAUCUGUGAGUGUGACAGGAAAGCAGCCAUGUGCUUUGCCAAGGCAGAUUAUAAUGAAGAAAACGCCCAUCUUCCCAGUGACCGCUGCAAGUAAGCUGAGGGAGCAGGAAAACACAGUCAGGAGAAACUCACGCCAUCACUGAGGAGUGUGAGUUUAUCAAAAAUCAAUAAAGGAGAAAUGCUG